UAAACAUUAAUAAUGCCACAUAUGUAUUAUAUUUUCAAAUGUUAUUAACUGCUAUAUGCAUUUUCCAAAUAAAACAAAAAUUAAAAAUACAUUAAAUUCUUGGAAAUUUCGUAAUUAGUAAAUAAAAUUUUUUGUAUUAUUCAUUAAAUGUGUUUACAUCAUCGACGAUCUUAAUAAAUAUAAUGUUUUUUUAAUAUUAUACUUCUUACAUAUAGUCUUCUUGUACUGUUGCCUAAUUUUUUAAAACUGGAUUAAUCACCUUGAUAUCUUUAAAUCUGUUCCAUUAAUCACUCACAUAUCUAAACAACUUUUAUUACACAUUUGAUUAUAUGAUAUCGCAGCUGGAAAGAACACAAACACUUUUAAAAUUUAAGAUUUACAAAUACAGAGUUUAUGUUAUCAUAUCUUUUUUAUAUUUAUGAUAAUAUUCUUUUCGUAAAUACUGUUCUAGUUAUCUAUUUGUAAUUCAUUUGUAGUUAAUUAUUAUUAGUACUUUUGCCAAGAUGCGAACAUUCUUGCUUUACAAAACACAAAAUAUACAUCAAAAUUUUACAAAACUUGUUAUUGUAUUUAAUUGUUUAUUCAAGGCUUCGGCUUUUUAUGUUAUGCAUAAAAUUAUAUACAAAAAAAAUUAAAAUGGCCAAUUUAAAAAAUAUCUAGUAGUUAACUUAAAAUUUAACUUAAAAAGAUUAAGAUUGAUAGCUAGGAAUAGAAUAAAUUAUCUAUUUAAAAAGAAAUUUGUAUUGAAUAAGUUUAUAAAAUAGACUGCGAGCAAAAAGAGAAUUUUCUUCUUCACUUUUCACUUACUUCUAUGAUAUGUCUCAGUUUGUCUGAGAAGAUUCAUCAAUAUUUCAACGGUUCUCAGAAGCAAUUGUUACGUACCGCCACGCAACUUCACGUUCUUUCAUAAACUAUCUGAUAAAUUAUCAAUGUUUUCUGCUACUUAAUGUUACUCUACGCAGAAAAAGCUGUAUGUAUAACGCACUGUUAUUUUAUAUUUCUUCAAUCGACAUUUUAACAGCAAAAAAUUGCACAAUUUAAUAUGCUACAAUGUACGCAUACUUUUUUCUACACUAUAAUAAAGAUAAUUGCAACAUGUAUCAACUUCGAUUUUUCCGCGUUUUUACCUAGCGCAUAUUUAAUAAAAAUAAUAUUGAGACGGUGUUUAUCUUGUGUGAAAGAAAAAUUUUCAAGAUGAUAUGUAGCUUCUCAGAGACUUCACAGUGUUAUAAUUUCGUGCUUUUCACUGUAAGUGAAAGUUUAAAUUGCCGAUAGCUUGACAACACAGAAAUGAUUCUCAAGUAAAACAAGCAGACAAAGAAACAAUAGUAUUUGUGAUAUACAUAUUUGUAUGUAUAUUUGUGCGUAAUUAUAAUCAUGCAAAAAAAUAUAACGCUAAAAAAGGCGAUUGCCGUCGUAAAGUUGAGUUUGUUUGUUAUAUGGUUUUGGCCGCUACCACUCAACACUAGUAAAUGCAAAAUGUUAUGUAUGAAGAUGUACCAGUAUAUCUGUAUAUUACUAACUAUCGCCGUAUUAUUGUCAAUGAUAUAUGCACUUGUGAAGAAUCUCGAUGAUCUCGAUCUUUUAAUAAAAUCAUCUUUGGGUUUGUUUCCUUGUAGCCAUGUUAUUGGCAACAUUCUGUGCCACCUAACUGUUUAUAAACGAUUACAAUGCGUCACUCUUGGAAUGGAGAAAUUUUGUGCACUGAUCAAGCCUCACGAGGAAGCGAUUGUUCAACGGGAAUAUGUUGAUAGGUAUUCCAAAUUCUAUGGUUUCUGUCUAAGUUUAUUCUACAUGAGUCUCUUCGGCCUCUUCAUGGGGCCUAUCAUGUUAGACGAACCGCUUCCAGCACCUGCUGAAUUUCCAUUUGACGCGUCUCAACAACCAUUAAGGGCUAUUACGUAUAUGCACCAGAUCGUGGUUGGACUGUUCAUAGCGGCGCAUUUGUGUGUAAACGCUUUCAUGGCGCUUUUGCUCUGGUUAACAUCGGCAAGGUUUAAAUUACUGACUGAAGAACUGCGGACAGUCACAAAUAUCUAUGAUUUCGCUAAAUGCAUUGAAAAACAUCAACAAUUACUUGUGUAUGCAGGAGAAGUAGCCCUCACAGUUCGUCCUUUCGCACUGGUAACUGUAUUUUUCAGUACUGUAUCGUUAAUAGUAUUUGGUCUUAUUUUUAUUGCUAAAGUAUCGUUUUCCUUAAAGAUGCAAUGUGUGCUCUUAGCAACCAGUGCAUUAUUAGAAGUAUUUAUGUAUUCAUGGCCAGCGGAACAUUUAAUUCAUAUUAGUACUAAUAUAGCGCAAGCAGUUUUUGAAAUGGAUUGGUAUGAUGAAUCAGAAUACCUUCGGAAGAACAUACAAAUAGUUAUAUUGAGAAGCCAAAAGCCAAUACUUGUCGUAUUACCAUGUGGUUUACCCGCAUUAUCUUUACGUUAUUAUGCAUCACGCGCGCGCCCGCGGAAAUAAAGAAAAACACACUCUUUGACUUCAAAAACCAAACGGCUUUAUAUGAGGAUAAAAUACAGAACACGUCCGUAAAAACUCGCAGACUCUCUUCAACUGACUGCUUAUUUUGAUUGCCCGGCUCUUGACAGCUGACCGCCGCUGCCGAUCGAUAUUGGCGAUCGGACAGCUGACUCGCAGUCGAAGAGUAAACCGGGCGGCACGCGUAACAAUAUAUUCAAUGUUUAAACAUUAUAAUUAUUAUGUACUAAAAAGUAAAAAUUAAAAUAUUGUUAUAUUAACAUAUUUUUAAUCUUAAAAACGUAUUUUUGCAUUAGUCAUAUAUGCUAUAUAAAUAAAAAGGAAAUCAUUUUCAAGAAUAUUUUACAAUUAUGUAAUAUAAUUAAAACAUAUUUAUAUAUUUUAUUAUAAAAAGUACAUAUUCAAAAUUAUAAAUGUUUCAGUAUCUCUCAACCAUAUUUUCCUACUUCACUACAAUGCGAAUAAUGUUCGAGGAAGAAGAAUCUGGAGUAUGAGUAAAGCAGUAUAUUUUUAAUAAAGCAUUAACGAAAAAAAGUCCUUUGCACUAUUAUAAAUUACAAAAUUAUUAAAUUGUUUUUGUGUAUUUUAACGGAUUUGUGUAUUUCAUUUAGUUCAGAUUUCACGUAGAAAUUUUAUUCUUGCAAUAUGAUAAAGUAUAUAACGUAUAAAAUGUUAAAAAAGAACGAUAGAAAAAUUAACCAAAAGUAAUCGACAAAAAAAAUUUACCCUAAAAUAUUCAUUAAACAUUCCACUAUGCCCAAGGAUCACAACGGUGAAAGAAUUUUUUGAAAAUGAUCACUAAAAGUACCAAAAUGGCAGAUUAGGACAUUUGGGCUGUGCCGCUCUCUCUAAAUUUGCAAUCUCUCUAGACUUCUCCGGAUAGCAACAAUUACACUCCAAAUUCUGGAACCUGACCACACGUUUCAACAAGUUAAAAAUUCAUUGCGAAGUGUUCGAAGUCAUCGCCAAACGCUAAACCAUCAAAAACCGACUAUAUGCACCUAUGACUUCUAUGGAAUCCCAACGUCUCUGUACUACCAUCGAGUCGUUCCUAAAAAAUUCUCAUCGUUAUAAUCUUGAACUUAAUAGUAUUUGGUAAAAGUUUUGGGACAAAUUCUUUUUUUGUUAAAUACGCUUAGUUAAUUAUUCUACUUUUUGCGGUUAAGAUUAUAAAAAAUAUAUAAUCAAUUUUAUAAUUGCUUUUAUUACAAGCAAUAAUUUUUUCAAAUAUAAAAAUUUGAAUAAAUU